UUUUUCUCGUAAAUACCACAAAUUGAUUGGGGGAAAAUCGUAGAAAAAACAUGAGUGAAAAGUCCACUAACCCAUACGACAUGGAUAGUUCCGGUUUCGAUCCGGAUCGCUACCUGCAGAAGCUGCUGAAGGAAUGCUCCCUCAAGCAGAUAAUGGACACGGAAGCGGCCAUCGUUCGGCAAACGCAAACCCUGCACAGCGACAUGCAAACGUUGGUGUACGAAAACUACAACAAAUUCAUCUCCGCAACGGAUACCAUCCGGAAGAUGAAGACGGACUUUAAGAGCAUGGAAACGGAAAUGAAUCUGCUGGUGUCGAAUAUGGACUCGAUUACGGAGUGCAGUGAGAAGAUUACGGAUACGUUGCAGGAGACGCGGACUCAGUUGACCAGGUUGUCCGGAAAGCAUCAGUUGUUGAAGAAGCUGCAAUUUUUGUCCUCACUUCCGGCUAAGCUGAAAACGUUGAUUGAGGAUGGGAAUUAUCAGCAAGCGGUGCAGGAGUAUUCCCACGCACAGAAGGUGCUGCAUCAGUACGGGAAUCAGCCGUCGUUUCAGGGGAUUCAGGAGGAUUGUGUGAAGACUUUGGAGGAUUUGAAGAAGCUGUUAAAGCAGGAGUUCCAGAAGACGGGGAAGACGGCACAGUCGCUGACGGAGAUUGGGGAGCUUCUACUGCAGUUGGAUGAAAAGCCUUCGGGCUUGGCCAAGGAGAUGUUGGAGUGCGCUACGAAGCGGUUGCACGAACAGUUGGUUAUGCUACAGGAUCAGACGGAUCGGGAUAUGAUCGAAUUUAUCGAUUUGGGGAUCGAAGGGUUUCUGAACGAUUUGACGCUGGUGAUCAGUUCGUACAAUGACAUGUUCCUGACCAAGCACAUUGAGCAGGAAGAGGAUGAGUUCGAGAUAAUCGCUCGGAUGGAUUUGAACGAUUUCGUUAACAGGAAUAUUGAUGAGUACUUGACAUUGGUGCAGGAUCGAGCGGAGGUUGAGAUCGGUCACGGUGAUUCGCAGAUUAUUUUGCGUGGAUUGGAUCGUUUGCAUCGCCGUUUAACGGCAAUGAAAUCGCUCUGCCGUGCAUUGGAUAUGAGCAAGUCCGGAAUCGACAUAAUCGUCAAUGCAGCUUAUCAGCUCUGCAAGGCGCAUAUGAAGUCGCUAAAGGAUCAUUUCUCCGAUAAUCUCAGCUCGAUACGAUUGGCGUUGGUUUCGGUGAAAUCUGACACAUCUUCGUCGUCUUCGAAUUCGCUUCAAACGGGUCUGAAGGAACUCAUUGCGAAUCUGUACGUCUCGACUAUGGAGAAGGUUAAAGGACUGCUGCAAGACCUGUUGAUUUUCCUCCAACCGGAUUGGUCGUUCAAUCUGAAGGCCGAUCCAAAGGGCGCUACUUGCAUUGAAGGAAUCCGAGAGAAUCUGUUGGUGGGAUUCCUGCGACACAUCUCCACCACAAUGAAUGCCUUUGGAAGUUUAAAUUCUUCCAGUCCGCCGACGCUUUUGCUAAUCCUGUCGAAAAUGUGCUUGGAAAUGGACAAAAGUGGAGUGCACGUUUUGAUCUCCCUCGUUGACGAGCUGUACGACAUCGAUUCGGAAAACAGCACCACCCUGGUGCACGAAACGGAGCUCUGCUCGGAGAUGCGGGACUCCGCUCAGCACCUGCUGGAUUCGUACGUCCGUCUGCAAGGUCUGAAUCUAUCGCAGAUGCUUCGCAAAAGCGUCGAGACACGGGACUGGCUCAACUGCCUGGAACCACGCUCGGUCCGGGCGGUGAUGAAGCGCGUCGUCGAGGAGCUAUCCGCCAUUGACAACGUGCUCGGCGAACUGUACGAUAGUAAGCUCGAACAGCGCACGGCGGCGAGCAGCGAUUCCAGUCGCAAGACGCACUUCAGCUUGACCGCCUCCAAGCAGUCGCAGUACCGGUCGACGUGGUCCACCUACACGCCGUCGCAGAUGGACAGUAGCUUUGUGUCCAACAUUCAUCGGCUGUUUUCGGAGAAGAUUGAAAUUUUCAGCUCGGUCGAGUUCUCCAAGGUUUCCAUCAUAACCGGAAUCAUCAAGAUCUGUUUGAAGACGCUGCUGGAGUGCGUGCGGCUGAGGACGUUCAGCAAGUAUGGACUGCAGCAGAUUCAGGUGGAUGCGCACUACCUGCAGAUGAAUUUGUGGCGGUUUGUGUCCGAUGAGAAUUUGAUCCACGUUCUACUGGACGAGAUUCUGGGGUCGGCUGUUCUACGGUGUUUGGAGCCCAUCCUGAUGGAGCCGAAUGCUGUGGAAAUAAUCUGUGAACGGAACUAAGUAAGUAGAUAUUUAUACAUUCCUUUCUAUUCGUACUUAUGUGUAGUUGAUAGAGUUAUUGAUUAUUGGAACAUUGAAAGUAUUGGCUGGAUGAAA